AGAUGGAGUAUAGCUACCGCAUAAAUCCCAUGAAAUGUUGGAUUUAGAGUUGGGUUUGGUGCUAGGAUUAGGAUUAAAACAGCGCACAUCCGGCGAGAUUUCACGAGAUUUUGGUGUUUGUUGUAUCCCUUCUAGCCACAACCCCAUACAGUACUGUAUUUCAACAUGGCGGCUUCCAUAAUAAAGAGUGUGUGUUUCUUACAAUUGACUAAACUACCGUGUUUUAGGGGUAUAUGCAGUCGUUUUGUUAACGUAUUUAAUAUUGACAAAUUACGAUUGAAGCGUUAUAUAGGCAGCAGUUAUUUACACAUGAACAAAGUCCCACAUUUAACACAGGACGGUCAGCUCUCUCACAUCCCAGUCGAUAAACUGAAGAUAACGUAUAGUCGGAGCAGUGGACCAGGGGGUCAACAUGUAAACAAGGUCAGUACAAAAGCAGAAGUCCGUUUCCACGUGCAAACAGCCCAUUGGAUUCCAGAAGAAGUACGGAGAGAGAUUCUCUUGAAGAAUGCAACUCGUGUCAACAAAGCAGGGGAGUUAAUUGUGACUUCAGAAAUUAGCAGAAGCCAACAGAGAAACUUGGAAGACUGCCUACAGAAGAUCUCAGACAUUAUUACUGAAGCCAGUCAGCGACCACCAGAGCCAUCUGCAGAAGAUAUCACUCUGAGGGCCCACAGAUUAGAGAAAAGAAAUCUGAUGAGACUCAAACAGAAAAGGAUAAAUGCCUCAACAAAGCAAGCAAGACGGGUUGAAUUUGACUAACGUUAAACCUUAC